ACAUGGGUGGCGGUGGCGGAAUUCCACAGGCUCAUAAUUCUCAACCAUCCGAUCUGUUUGCCCCAAACGUGGCAUCAUCUCAGACACCACCGGCUUCAAGGAAGAGUCUCUCUCUCCCCUAAACCUGAAAAUAACAAUCGCACUGUUGUAUCGUCUAUGAAAUCAAUCUCUGCUCGAUCGUGUUACUGAUAGCGUCUUUGAAGAUCGAUCGAGUCGUCGUUAGACAUGCUAAGAAUGUGCUGUUUGGAAGAUCAGAAGAUUUGAUCUGCACGACUUUUUUUUGAUUGCUUUACAUGCCAUGACUAUUUCUUCCUCCCCCAUGAGUUCGACCGUCUCAACAUCUCGAGGGACAGUUCCAGCAGCAAUACUUGGCACAUUUGAAUCCUUAAAUGGAGAGGUUUCUGGUCCUUUUAGCCAGAUAGAAUCAGAGUUCAAUGACAGUGAUGAAACUGAGUUGCUGUCUGUAUCUUGGAAUCAAGACUAUGGAUGCUUUGCUGCCGGCACAUCACGUGGUUUUCGUAUCUACAACUGUGAUCCUUUUAAGGAAACAUUUAGACGUGAUCUGAAAAGUGGGGGAUUCGGAAUUGUUGAGAUGCUGUUCCGGUGCAACAUAUUGGCACUUGUUGGUGGUAAAGCUAAUUCCCAGUACCCUCCCAAUAAAGUUGUACUCUGGGAUGAUCACCAAUGCAGGUGCUUUGGUGAACUUUCGUUCAGAUCUGAAGUUCGUGCGGUAAAAUUAAGACAGGAUCGACUUGUCAUUGUUCUUGAGCACAAGAUAUAUGUUUACGAUUUUACGGAUCUGAAGCUUCUUCAUCAGAUAGAGACUACUGCAAACCCCAGGGGACUUUGUUGCCUUUCGCACCAUGUGAAUACAUCUGUCUUGGCUUGCCCAGGUCUUCAUCGAGGACAGGUUCGGAUUGAUCACUUUGGGCUGAAUAUGACCAAGAGAAUAAAUGCCCAUGAUUCUCAAAUAGCAUGCUUAACCUUGACAAUGGAUGGGCUUCUUCUUGCAACUGCUAGUACAAAGGGCACUUUAGUAAGAAUAUUUAACACAAUGGAUGGGACUCGGUUACAGGAGGUACGCAGAGGAGUGGACAAAGCAGAUAUUUAUAGUAUCGCUCUCUCUCCAAAUGUCCAGUGGUUGGCUGUGUCAAGUGACAAAGGUACUGUUCAUAUAUUCAGUCUUAGAGUUAGGGUUGUAGGGGAGGACUCGUCAACUCGAUCCAGUGCUGCUCAAAGUGCGGCUCUGUUUUACCAGAAUUCUUCAUCCUCACUUGAUGCCCUUAUUUCUCCAAGUACUGGUGCCAACCCAGGCUCAUCGUUGUCUUUUAUGAAAGGUGUAUUACCAAAAUAUUUUAGUUCAGAAUGGUCAUUUGCCCAGUUCCACGUACCAGAAUGCACCCACUUCAUUGCGGCAUUUGGAUCUAUGAACACUGUCAUUAUUGUUGGCAUGGAUGGAAGUUUCUACAGGUGCAGUUUCGAUCCUGUAAACGGAGGGCAGAUGUUGCAGCAGGAAUAUGUUCGCUUUCUCAAAACUGACAAUAGGCCUAGAUAGUGAAAUCUCCAUAAUUGCACGAGCAAUAGUUGUAUUCCUACUAUCUAUAUAAAUAUAGAACCUGGAUGUAAAUACAUGUAUUUGUUUCAUAAAAUAUACGAUCGUGUUUUGUAUAUAUAUGUUUUGGAAACACGCUGAGAGCCUAGCAACUUGUAAAUUGUCAUAAAUUGCUUGCAAAGGCAAAUAUUGCUCUCAUUAGACAUCUGUAAAACUAUAUAACAGGAACAUCUGUUCAUACUUGUUAUAAGAUCGUGGUGCUUGUGUACUCAUCUUUUCUAA